AUGACAUAAAGUGAAUCAGGUUAUGAUAGUGAUGGAAAUGGUAAUGGAUGUUAAACUCGUAAGGCUGGUACUUAUCCUGAAGAAGGUUUAUCUUUUUAUUAUCUAGAUUAUGGUUUUUAUAGCUAAGCAGGAUAUUCCGAUAGUAGAUAUAAUGCUAAAUGUAAUCGUUGCCCAAAUGGUAAAUCAACCAAAAAAGAAAUUACAACAAGAGAUAAUGACACAGUUUUUACUUUUAAAUUAAAAUAGUGUCUUGAAGGUAUAUAUAGUUUUACAGGUUAUCAUGCUAAUAGAAAAGGAAGUGAAUGUAAGAAGUAUAGACCUGGUACUCAUUCUCAGUAGGCUCAAAAAAUUGUGAUCUAAGACCUUGUGGUUAAGGUUAUUAUAAAGUAAAACAGGAUAUUGCGAUUAGAAUACAAAAUUUAAUUGUAAUGA